AUGUGCGCCACCUGGAGCAACCCCGUCGGCUACGGCGGCGAUGUUCCUGACCCUGCCAACAAGUACUACCCGGCUGUGUCCUACUCCUCCGAGAACUUCCACUCCACGUGCUCCGUCAACAACUACAACGAUGCUAACAAUGUGCGCAACUGUGAACUCAGCGGCCUGCACGAUCUUGACCAAUCCCAGAGCUACGUGCGUGGAAAGAUCGUCGACUACCUGAACACUUUGGUUAGCCAUGGCGUUGCUGGUUUCCGUGUUGAUGCCGCCAAGCACAUGUGGCCUGCUGAUCUUGAAGCCAUCUACGCCGCCGUCAAUGACCUGAGCACUGAUUUCUUCCCCAGCGGCACCAGGCCUUUCUUCUACCAGGAGGUCAUCGACCAGACUGGCACUGAGGCUGUGAAGAGCUCCGAGUACACUGGCUUCGGUGUGGUGACGGAGUUCAAGUACGGGUCCAUGCUGAGCAACGCUUUCAAAGGCAACAACCCCAUCCACUGGCUGGUGAACUGGGGAACUGCGUGGGGUCUUCUGGACAGCGACAGCGCUCUGGCUUUCAUUGACAACCACGACAACCAACGCGGCUCUGGCGCUACUACUUCACUAACAAUGAUGCCGGCCCUCCUGCUGACGGCAGCGGCAAACAUCCUCGAUGUCACCAUCAACAGCGACAACACUUGCGGCAACGGUUGGGUGUGCGAGCACCGCUGGAGGCAAACUCUUACAGCAUGGUUGCUUCAAGAACACCGUCGCUGAAACCUUCCUGGUGAAGUAAAUGUACAAUAUUGUAAAGAACUUAUUUUCUAUGCAGGUACCAGCGUGACCAACUGGUGGGAUAAUGGCAACCAACAGAUUGCUUUCGGCCGUGGUAAUGCUGGCUUCAUUGCCUUCAACGACCAAUACAACACCGACCUCAAGCAGACCCUUCAGACCGGACUCUCCCAGGGCACCUAUUGUGACGUAAUCUCUGGCUCGAAGAGCAACGGCGCCUGCAGCGGCAAGUCUGUCACGGUGAACGGCGACGGCACCGCCUACAUCGAGAUCCUGUCCUCCGAGGACGAUGGAGUGCUCGCCAUUCACUCGGGCUCCAAGUUGUAG